UGGUGCUUGUCAAAAAGUUCAAAGUAAACAAACAAACCCAAUUUAUUUUAUUUCUGAAUUAUAUGAGAAUACGAUUCAAGGUUAUAAAAUGAAUGAAAUCGCCGAUACCUUAUCACACGACGACCUAAUAGAAGUCACAAAUUCAUCUAUAUCGGCUCUACUGAAAUCGGACACGCUGUUGUGCGAUCUUCCUUCCGACGUUAUUUUAGAAGAAGUUAUAUCUCAGAUUGCUGUGGAGCAUGGUCAGUCAAUCACAAUAAAUGUAUCCAGAGAAGAUGAACCUGCACUGAAAGUGAUUGUUCCACAAAAUGCCACAGUCAUUGAACUCAAGAAGGCAAUUGCAAGGCACUUCGAGAUAUACCAGUCAAGAAUGAGGAGCAAGGUCAAAAUAUCCUGGAAAUACAUCUGGAAGACAUACGACUUAAACUAUGACGGUAUAAUACUGGACAGCCACUACAGUCACAUUGAUGAUUACGGAGUAUGCAAUAAAGUAACAUUAACCUUCAAGAAAAGAAAGAAAAAGAAGAAAAAUAGCUAGAAGACAUUUAUUUCAAAUUAAAUCUGUUACACAACUAAAUAUAUUCCCAUUUUAAAAUCUA